AGGAAUCCGGAAGUCGAGAGGAAGGGGGGAAGCGGUUUUCUCCUCUAUGGAGGGGCAGGGAGGAGAGGCCGGUUCAGGCAGCCGCAGUGGCGGCGAGAGAACCAAGAGGAUGGAACAGAAUGGGGCGAUCGUUCCCACAGGAUUCCCUCUGCUGAAGAAUGAUACAUUCCUUCGAGCAGCACAAGGAGAAGAGACUGAAUACACCCCAGUUUGGUGCAUGAGACAGGCAGGAAGAUAUCUCCCAGAGUUUCGUGAAACCCGAGCAGCUCAGGAUUUCUUUGCUACGUGUCGUUCACCAGAGGCCUGUUGUGAACUUACCUUGCAGCCACUGAGACGUUUUCCUCUAGAUGCUGCCAUAAUCUUCUCUGACAUUUUGGUGGUCCCCCAGGCACUGGGCAUGGAGGUGGUGAUGGUGCCUGGCAAGGGACCCACCUUUCCCGAGCCAUUGAAGGAGGUGGAGGACCUUCUGAAACUCCGACAGAAAGUGGAUGUGGCAGCAGAACUGGGCUACGUCUUCAAGGCCAUCACACUGACACGGCAUAAACUGGAGGGGAAGGUGCCCUUGAUUGGGUUUUCUGGUGCACCGUGGACCCUGAUGUCCUACAUGAUUGAAGGCGGUGGCUCCAAUACAAUGGCCAAAGCUAAGGCCUGGCUCUACCGGCAUCCUGAAGCCAGUCGCCGUCUGCUCACACUAUUGACAGAUGUAAUUGUGGAUUACCUGGUAGGACAGGUGGCUGCAGGUGCUCAGGCUCUCCAGCUUUUUGAGUCACAUGCAGGGCACUUGGGGCCAGAGCAGUUUGCAGAGUUUGCCCUCCCGUUUAUCCGGUCCAUUGCCAAGCGGGUGAAGAGCAAGCUGCAGGAAGAUGCCCGGUCUGCAGUGCCCAUGAUUGUCUUUGCCAAGGAUGCACAUUAUGCGCUGGAGGACUUGGCAGAGUCUGGCUUUGGAGUGGUUGGGUUGGACUGGACCAUUCGCCCCCAGGAAGCUCGUCAGAGGACAGGAAACAAUAUUACUUUGCAAGGCAACUUGGAUCCAUGUGCCCUCUACGCACCAAAGGAGAAGAUUGGGGAGCUGGUGAAGAAAAUGCUCGAUGGGUUUGGCCCGCAGCGUUACAUUGCCAACCUGGGCCAUGGCCUUUACCCUGACAUGAGCCCAGACCACGUGGGAGCCUUUGUGGAUGCUGUACACGAGCACUCUCGCUACCUCAACAAGCUGCAGAACACCUUGGGAAACAAGUCUUCAUGAUGGAUGGUGGACAAUACACUGAGCAAACUGUGCCAGAAGGCAGUCAACCGAGAUGAGCUUGUUCAUGAAAUAAGUCUGAAAGCCUGUAGUCAAGACAAGCACGAUUAAAAUUGCUUCUGCCCUCCUCAUCCUGGCAUACUGCUUGAAGGGGGGUAGGCUGACAAAGAAUAGGCGUAAACAUGGUUUAUGCAUAGCCUUGGGGGCAGGCCAGUUCACUGCUAAAAGUUACCUGUGAGAAGCUGUUGCUGGAUGUGACUUUAGCCUAGCCUCUUGUGGAAGACAGCACAUUUCCCUCCAGAGUUCGGUGGAUGUGGUCCUCCUAAUGAGCUAUAGCAGUCUGUUCCUUGCCCAUCAAAUGCAAGAACUGUUAGAGGAACAAUAUCACACACACACACACACAAUUUGUACUCUUUGAGUUUGUCGUGGCCAUCAGCUGCAGCAAAUGGAAGGGGUAUGUCAGAUCACACUGAAUGGGGUGAUAUUUGGAACUGUUUCCCAGCUAGUCUUUGGCUGUGUUUUCCCUCCUUUAAUUAGGAUGUGAGCUGGGGGGAAAGGGAGCGAGUUCUAGUCUCACUAUCCUGCAGUUGGUCUGCUAUAGUCAAGGUUUGUACCCACACAAGCCAUCGCAGAAGCUGGAAGAGUGACAUAAACAAGGAGGAGGAAAGGCCCUCAGCAUAAGAUGGACAGUGGCUUCUAUUGAGGUGGUCAGAAUGAAAGUUUAAUAUGUAACAAACUUCAGUUCUAUCUGCUCACUGGAAGGUAGUUUGGGUACUUUGUUCACAAAAUGAUACAGUCAGCCCCUUUAUUAGUUUCUAGCCAU